UUUUUGAUAAAGACUGUGGACGCGUGUUUACAACGAGCAACUUCCAGAGGCUACGGGACCAUCGCUUUCCCGGCCCUCGGGACCGGCAUACUACAGUACCCACCCGAGACAGUAGCCCGGGUGUUCAAAGAGAGAAUAGCCGCUUUCUCCACAGAUAACCCACUGACGUGUCUGAGGGAAGUGAUCAUUGUAUUGUAUCACAAGGAUGAGAAAACAACAAAGGCUUUCAAUGAAGCGUUCGACAGCGACCCGAGUAUGAUCAGAGAACCAACGACCAUGGAUAGGACGAACAGUGAAGAAUUUUGGAUUGACCCCCUCAGGAUUGAGGUGAAAGUAGGAACUCUGCACACGGAAAAAGUGAACACAAUCGUGGUGCCAACUGACAACAAGGUGUCACUGCGUGGCCAAGUGGCAUUUUUGAAGUCCGAGUAUGGGCCUGACUGUAUGGUUGGAAGUGACCGGGCAAAUAUCACAAAAUCCGGAGCUGUCGUCGUUCCUGCUCAAAAUAUGUCCUGCACGAACGUCAUGCUUGUGUCUACGGAACAUUUCAAGAACAAUGUAGAGGAGGUGAUCAAAAAGUGCUUCAGAAAGGCAGAAAAGGAGAAAAUCAUGUCACUCGCAAUUGGCCAUGUUAUUCCAGAGCAAGACGACGACGCUAAGGUAUUCGCCACUGGCAUGGAGAGGGCCAUCAAGCGAUACAAGACUAACCUGAAGGUCCUUAGUGAUGUUCGGAUCCUCCUCAACAACACAGAACAAAAGUCCACAUUUGAUUCCAUUUUCCGACAGAACGUUGGUCGCCCAGCUAUGAGAAAAUCUUUUGUGCUGUCUCAUGAAGAUGAGUUGUCUUCACGCUCCAAACCACAAAGAUACCAAAGUAAGUCCAUGAGGUCGGAUGAUCCGUGCCUGCUUCCACUGCCGCGACUGCGUCUAUUGGCCGUGACCAAAGAGCACCUUGACAACUGCAUGGACACUGUCUCCGUCAUCUUGCUGAACAAUGUUGUGUCAGAUAUACAGACUGGUUCGGCCAUUGAAACUCUUCCUGACGACCAGGUGCCACGCGUGACCUCCGUCUGCGCGGAUCUGCACGUGCUGACGCAGGUAGACAAGAGCAACGGGAUAGUCCACUUCCACGGCUCCAGAGAAGACGUCAUGGCAGCGAAGAGGAAGACUCAGGAAUAUGUCCAAGGUCUAAAUACGAAGCACCAGACACGGGAACGAGCCGAAACGAUUCAGACCAACGUCCAGUGGUGGUACAUGACCGCCCCGGGAGGGGAACUCAAGGCCUUUCCCUCAGUGAGCAACAUGCUGCUGGAGCAGGCCUACAAGGAAGGUCUCCCAUCGGCUACCUUCAAAGGCUUGGGAGGCAUGGUCACUGCUGACUUCCUUACAAAUCGGUUCCACAUGUCGCCUACAGAGUCGUUGGAGAUGUCUCGGGUUGAGAAGCGUGGUGGGACUUUCUGACGUGGUCGUGUUAACACUACGCGAAAAGUAUGAUUUGUGUCAACUUGCAAUAUAUCGGAAAUUGAAAUGUUGCGGAUAAGUGCAUGUGCUUCUAGAUAUUUGAGUAUGUUUGAAUGGAACUGUCCCAUCUUCUGUUUCAGCCAGGUGACGGUGUCAUGACGUUUGUAACGGUUAUGUUUUUAGCAAAAUCCAGUUUUCUAAUGUUUACUUCGAUUCGAUGGCUAUGUACUUGAUGCGGGUGUCAUAUCAUAUUUCCACCUUCAUUUGGGACGGUGGGGUAGCCUAGUGGUUAAAGCGUUCGCUCAUCACGCUGAAAACCCGGGUUCGAUUCUCCACAUGGGUACAGUGUGUGAAGCCCAUUUGUGGUGUCCCCCGCCGUGAUAUUGCUGGAUAUUGCUAAAAGCGGCGUUAAACUAAACUGACACACUCGACCUUCAUUUUGCAUUGUUUCGGCGAUUGUUGCAGCCUAGUGACGGUUUGAUGACGCUGGUAACCUUUUGGGAGACAGAUCCAGUUUUCUAAUGUUUACUUUCUUUUGCCGGGCAAUUUAAAAACGUCAACCUUAUGUUUGAUGGGAAUAUUUGAGAACAUUUUCCACGUUAGAGCCGUAUCGUUUAAACUCCAUUCAGUCCUUUUUUACAAAAUAUUUUAUCAGUUCACUGUGAUGUUUCCUGAAUCUUUCGGAAAGCUGUUUUUACAUGUAUGCAACCAUCUUUUCUUAUGGCUUAUGUCAGUGCUGGAUGGAUUGUGAAAUAGCAGACUAGAAGGUAAAACCGGGAUACUGGGCUAAACACUGUUGAAUCACGAUAGAACAAAUACUGCAUAAAGACAGAAGGUGAUAUACUGUUACACAGUAGAUGCCGACGACUCCCACUGUAGACUGGUACAACUGUUAAAUGUACGAAUGUCUUUCAGCUGCUUUGUCAACUCCACCUUCACACACGUAACAGUCUGGCCUAUCAUGCGACAACUGGCAGUCAUCUUCGGGUCUACUGGGGACACUCAAAUGUCUGGUUUAUCCUGGACCCAAGUGAACAUUUAAGUUGCUAGGGCACAACGACCUUUCUCUUUGGGAUCUUUGAAAGACUAACAUGAAUAGAAGGCCUUCGUUACUAUUUUCUUAAACGGAAUAUUUUGAUAUAUCUUUAUUUGAAAUCUGACAUGUCUGUCUCUGGUUGAAUCAUUGAUUAACUUUAUUAGGUUAACAUAAACUCACGGGCGAAAGAAACGUCACCAAAAUGAUUUUUGUAUAUCUUUUAUCGUACACUAAGUGAUUAUUCAUAUAUG